AUGGAUCGCAUUCGCAAUGCGCUCAAGCAGCGAGGGCGCUCGCCAGCAUAUGAACCUCUUGAUAACGGCUCUGACGAUGCCUAUGAGCGACAAGCUGCGCGAAAACAUCAGUUCUCAUACCUAGAAUACUGUAUCUUCGUUCUGCUGGGUAUCUUUAUGCUAUGGGCUUGUCUUAUCAGGAACAUGUUCUUAGCUGCAUCGCCCUACUUUCAGCACCGCUUCUCUCAUUCUCCGCCACUCCUCAAAGCCUACUCGCCGACAUUGCUUUCUAUCUCUACCGUGACCAACCUGUUAUCAGUCCUGGUCCUCAGCUACAUCCAGGCUCACGCUCACUACCCACAUCGUAUCAUAUUAUCCCUGGUCCUCAAUGGCUUCGCAUUCACGCUCCUCGCAAUCUCCACCGUCCUUUUCCGCAGCGUCUCUGAGCAGGUAUACUUCACAUUUCUCAUGCUCAUGGUCGCACUGUCCGCAAUCGGAACGGGCAUUUGCCAGAAUGGGCUCUUCGCCUACGUCUCCGCCUUCAACGAAAAGAAGUACACACAAGGCAUCAUGGCAGGGCAAGGAAUAGCCGGCGUGCUCUCUUGUCUGGCCCAGAUCAUCAGCGUUCUCUCUAUCCCACCACCCGAGACGGCCACCCUCACCUCUUCACCCGAUAAACCAACGAAGCCGGUUCCCCAAGAAAGCGGCAAAUCAGCACUCGCAUACUUCCUAACCGCAACAUUCAUAUCCCUCCUCGCCCUCCUGGCCUUCACAAUCCUCACGCGCCGGCACCCAACUGUUGGAAUCUCCCCAUCACCACCGACGCUCAACACGGAUCUCCUCAGCAAACCGAGCCCCAUCGACCCCCCUCCCACCUUAACCCCCGAAACAGACAUUACGGACGACAACGAUGACGACGAUAAGACACCGCCACUCCGAAAAUCCAUCCCCCUCUUACGCCUCUACCGCAAACUCCACUGGCUCGCCAACGCCGUCUUCCUCACUUUCACACUGACCCUCUUCUACCCCGUCUUCACGCAACAGAUCCAUUCGAAGCAUCCCCCGCCUCUCCCUCGCCUCCUGCAACCCUCGUGUUUCAUCCCCCUCGCCUUUCUUUUCUGGAACAUAGGCGACCUUGUGGGGCGCCUUCUCCCCCUCUCCUCCGCCAUUGCGGGGCUGACGCGGCGGCCGAGAUUGGUGUUCUCCCUGAGUGUGGCACGGGUGCUGUGGAUUCCGCUGUAUAUGCUAUGUAACCGCGGGUUGGACAAGCGGAGUGGUGGGGGAGGGGAUUUCUUCUACUUGGUGAUUGUGCAGGCGGGGUUUGGGGUUAGUAAUGGAUUGGUGGGGAGUUUGUGUAUGAUGGGCUCGGCGGGGUAUGUGGAGGAAGAGGAGAAGGAGGCUGCGGGGGGUUUCAUGGGGCUGAUGCUUGUGGGCGGGUUGAGUGUGGGGAGUUUGCUGAGUUUUCUUGUUGCCUGA